UCAUUUUGUUUUUCUUCUUCAAGCUGAAAGAGCCGGGACGGAUUAUCGGAAUAAUUUGUAAAGAAAAAUUCUGAAAAUAUAAAAAAUAAAACUACACAAAAAGUGCAUUGGAAAAAAUUAUAUAAAAAUAAACAGUAAUAAAAUAAAAAGUAACUCCGUUUUACAAGUGCUAAACCGAAAUACGUUUUCUUUUGAAAAGAAACAAAAGAAAUUUCGAGUGAAAGAAGUGUAGAAUAUUGGAGCAGACUAUAAACGGUGAAAAAAGUACAGUGAAAUUUUUCUGAGUAAAAGAAAACUAUUGUUGUGUUAGUGUGCAUAGAGGUAAAUGAAUGCAAGAGACAAAAAAUAUAUGUAGUAUAUUUCUUAUAAAUAAUUAAAAUAAAUAGUAUACAAUAUUGAAAAAGAAGCUAACGUGAAUUGUUUGCAACCAAAGCAUAACCAAAGAUUAUUGAUUUUUUACUGACUACUGGAUGUUUCUAAAGGGACAUAUAUUAAUUAUAUAUUUCCAGAAAAUUACUACAACAAAAAUAAAUCUUUGGUUUAUACUUCUAACUGCUGCCAACCAAUUAUAAAAUUAAAAAAUCUUAAACAAUAUAAAUAACAAUAAAGUCUUUUGGAUCUUGUAAUUAAUUUACUAAGAUAAAAAGAAAAAACUACUUUCAUUUACAAUUCACGUAAAUAUAUUAUUUAAAGACACAUAAACGGCUUUUUAAUGAUGUCGUCCGAUCAACAGUUCUUUUUAAAAUGGAACGAUUUUCAAACGAAUAUGGUAACAUCGUUUCGGCACUUAAGGGAUGAAAAAAGUUUUACAGAUGUAACUCUUGCAUGUGAAGGACAAACAUGUAAAGCACAUAAAAUGGUUUUAUCAGCAUGUAGUCCGUACUUCAAGGCAUUGCUCGAGGAAAAUCCAUCCAAACAUCCUAUUAUCAUACUCAAAGAUGUUUCCUACAUACAUCUGCAAGCUAUUUUAGAAUUUAUGUAUGCUGGCGAAGUGAAUGUGUCACAAGAACAGUUACCUGCAUUCCUAAAGACAGCUGAUCGCCUUAAAGUGAAAGGCUUAGCAGAAACACCCAGUUCUAUAAAAAGGGAAGGUUGAUGGUGGUAAUUGCUUAAUACUUUUGAGGUCCUUAUAAAGAUCUACCUUCCACAAAAGAAAACAAAAAAGCAACAAAUACAUUUAAAAUGCAGCAGCACACACGUACACCCGCAAGAUUAUACAAAACAAUAAAACAUAUUAAAUUUAUCAUUUGUCCCUAUUUCAAUGCAUCUCCUCUUCCUUUUGUUUUUGUAUUUUUUUUCCUGAAGAUCAAUAAUUGAAACAUCAAUACAACAAAAACACCAGAAAAUUUUCAAUUAAUUCGCAAUUAAAAACAAAAUAAUAUGUAUACUUAAAUAUAUGUGCAACCACCCUCCAACAAAAA